GAACGCGAUGGUAGUGCCUGCACCACUGCACCACUUGAUAAAAACCUGUUUAACAUCCUCGACCUCUGCAGACGCCGGAGAUGAAGCUCAUCUUCAAACCUCCCCAUGUGCGCAAUACUGUGAUCACAAAUGAGCAGGGACAUGUACUGUACUCGACCUCAACCUCCUUCUCGUUCGACACUCGCGUGACGGUCGUCAAGAAGCACGUACCAAACGAAUUCAGUAUUGGCAGAGUGGAGUCGUCGGAAAUCCUUGCAAACAUUGAAUGGCACACAUUUUCUUCGUCUGUCAUCAAAUAUGACGGGAUGACUUUGCUGGCAUCUCAGUUCAUCCCGACUAAGGGGUUUCUUGGACGGCGACGUGUCUUCAAAGGUCCUGACGGACUAUUAUACAAAUGGAAGAUUGGCCCGCGCGAAUGUACCGUAAGUCUGCUGCACAUCACUUCAAUUACUCUCAUUCAACCAAAGCAUCCAUUUAAAUAACGCGGCGCGUAACUGUCAGCUCAUGCUCGACGGUACAGAAGUCGCUCGGCAUCACCCGCUGAACCUUGGUUUCAAGAAGGCAGGGCAUGAGGCAUACCUAGAGAUAUUUUCGCCAGUCGAACAUAUGGUGGACCUGGUGGUGCUGACAUUCAUAUACGUGGAAAAGCUGCGGAGGGGAAGUCAGGAGAGCCCGGGGACGGAUCGUAUACAUGCACCGAUCGAGCCAGCUAAUUAGCUUCGGUAUGAAAGGUACAUGUGGUG